AUGAAGAUUAUUCAGAAUAUGGAACUCGAUGAGAAAGAUGAUGAUACAUCCACCGAUUCAUCUUCUUCUUUUUCUUAUUCGGACUUCGAUGAAGAUGACCUUAGAUCGUGCAAUGAAGAAUUCGCAAGGAGCGGGAAUUUCGACUUUGACUUCUCUCGAGUGCGUCGGACAUACAAUUUUAAACCUGUGAUCUUCAAUCAGAACUGCUUCACAUACGAACCAGAUACUGAUGAAGCUUCUCUGGAACGGCUUUUGAAGGAGGCUAUUAAGAAGUGCAACAAAGAGGAAGGAACAAAUCUUGAAUUAGUCAAGGUUUUGAGAGCUAAUUUUCAUCCUGGUGGAGGUAUCACAUUCUACAUCACCUUCGAAGCCAUAGAUCAUGCUCAUGCUCAUGAUCAACCUAAAUCAUAUCAAACUAUGAUCGGAUACCUCCCUAUGGAUAUCAGGGUCAUAUAUGUCAGGCCUAAACCAUGA